GGCGCCGCGCCGCGCCUUCGCUCCGCGUCCCGGGCGGUGUCUCAGUGCAGCCAUGUCUGGCGGCGCGAGGCGGCGAGGCGGGCUCGGUCGGCGGCGCCCUCUGUGAGGCGGCGGCGGACGAGCGGCGGCGGCGGGCAUUCAUGUCGGCGGCCAGGGAUUAGCGCGGCAGACACCGAGCCGAGCGGAGGGGCCGGCCGACCCGUCGCCCCCUUCCCGCGGGGUCUCCGGUGGGAGAGAGCCGUACCCGGCUGGCGGGGGCGGGAGGACAUGGCUGACCGGAGCGCGCCGAGCUGCCACCUGCGGCUGGAGUGGGUCUACGGCUACCGGGGUCACCAGUGCCGCAACAACCUCUACUACACGGCAGCCAAGGAGAUCGUCUACUUCGUGGCGGGGGUCGGUGUGGUCUACAGCCCCCGGGAGCACCGGCAGAAAUUCUACCUGGGGCACCAGGACGACAUCAUCAGCCUCGCUUUGCAUCCUGAACGUGUGUUGGUGGCAACAGGUCAAGUUGGAAAAGAACCAUACAUCUGUGUGUGGGACUCGUACACUGUGCAAACUGUAUCUGUUCUGAAAGAUGUUCAUACCCAUGGUAUAGCUUGCUUGGCUUUUGAUUUAGAUGGUCAGCGUUUGGUCUCAGUUGGUUUGGAUUCGAAAAAUACAGUUUGUGUAUGGGACUGGAGAAAAGGAAAAUUGUUAUCAAUGGCUCCUGGUCAUACAGACAGAAUAUUUGAUAUUUCUUGGGAUUUGUACCAGCCAAACAAGCUUGUCAGCUGUGGCGUAAAACACAUCAAGUUCUGGAGCUUGUGUGGCAAUUCAUUGACACCAAAACGUGGUGUUUUUGGCAAAACUGGUGAUCUCCAAACUAUAUUGUGCCUAGCCUGUGCAAGGGAUGAAGUGACAUAUUCUGGUGCACUGAAUGGAGAUAUAUAUGUAUGGAAAGGAAUCAACCUUGUACGGACAAUACAGGGAGCACAUGCUGCAGGAAUUUUCAGCAUGAAUGCAUGUGAAGAGGGGUUUGCCACUGGUGGCAGGGAUGGCUGUGUUCGCUUGUGGGACUUAAAUUUUAAACCAAUUACUGUGAUUGAUCUCAGGGAAACAGACCAGGGAUAUAAAGGUCUGUCUGUAAGAAGUGUUUGCUGGAGAGGAGACCAUAUACUCGUCGGGACACAAGACAGUGAAAUUUUUGAAAUUGUGGUGCAUGAGCGUAAUAAGCCUUUCCUGAUAAUGCAGGGGCACUGUGAAGGAGAGCUGUGGGCUUUGGCUGUCCAUCCUACAAAACCACUAGCAAUGACGGGAAGUGAUGAUCGAUCAGUCAGAAUUUGGAGUUUAAUAGACCAUGCUCUGAUUGCCCGGUGCAAUAUGGAGGAACCCAUUCGCUGUGCUGCGGUUAGUACUGAUGGAAUCCAUCUUGCUCUUGGAAUGAAGGACGGCUCUUUCACUGUGCUUAGAGUCAGAGAUAUGACUGAGGUUGUUCAUAUCAAAGACAGGAAAGAAGCUAUUCAUGAACUGAAAUAUUCACCAGAUGGGAAUUUCCUAGCUGUUGGUUCCAAUGACAGCUCUGUGGAUAUAUAUGGUGUUGUUCAGCGAUACAAGAAAGUUGGGGAAUGUAUUGGAUCUUCAAGUUUCAUCACCCAUAUGGAUUGGUCUUCGGACAGUAAAUACUUACAGACCAAUGAUGGCAAUGGGAAGAGACUUUUUUACAGAAUGCCAAGUGGAAAAGAAGUAACAAACAAAGAGGAAUUAAAAGGCAUUCAGUGGGCAUCAUGGACCUGUGUUUCUGGCCUUGAAGUUAAUGGAAUCUGGCCCAAAUAUUCAGAUAUAAAUGAUGUAAAUUCUGUGGAUGCAAAUUUUAUUGGGCAAGUUAUGGUUACAGCUGAUGAUUAUGGAAUAGUAAAGCUCUUUCGAUACCCAUGUCUAAGAAAAGGAGCAAAGUUUAAAAAAUAUCUUGGUCAUUCUGCUCACGUGACAAAUGUCAGAUGGUCGCAUGAUCACCAGUGGGUUGUUUCCAUUGGGGGAGCUGAUCAUUCUGUCUUUCAGUGGAAAUUUGUCCCUGACCGGAAGUUGAAGGAUUCUCUUCAUAUAGCACCCCAAGAGAGUCUGGUUGAUUCUAAUAGUGAUGAGUCAGAUUCAGAUCAGUCUGAUGUUCCAGAGCUGGACUCUGAAAUUGAACAAGAGACACAGAUCACCUAUCGUCGACAGGUUUACAAAGAAGAUCUACCUCAACUUAAAGAGCAAUGCAAAGAAAAAAGAAAAAGUGCAGCUUCUAAGAGACGAGAGCGAGCUCCAGGGAACAGUAUAAGAUUACAUUUUGUUCAUGGAUACAGAGGUUACGACUGUCGAAGCAAUUUAUUUUACACUCAGACGGGUGAAAUUGUAUACCAUGUUGCAGCAGUGGGAGUGGUGUACAAUCGACAGCAGAACACACAGCGCUUUUAUCUAGGUCAUGAUGAUGACAUUCUUUGCCUUGCUAUUCAUCCCUUAAAGGACUAUGUGGCAACAGGCCAGGUUGGUCGAGAUUCCUCAGUACACAUUUGGGAUACAGAAACAAUAAAACCACUCUCAGUAUUAAAGGGCUAUCACCAGUACGGUGUUUGUGCUGUUGAUUUUUCAGCGGAUGGGAAACGAUUGGCUUCUGUUGGAAUAGAUGACAAUCACACUAUUGUACUCUGGGAUUGGAAGAAAGGAGAAAAGCUUUCAGCAGUAAGGGGAAGCAAAGAUAAGAUUUUUGUUGUUAAGAUUAAUCCUUAUAUGCCUGAUAAAUUGAUUACAGCUGGAAUUAAACACAUGAAAUUCUGGCGUAGAGCAGGCGGAGGACUAAUUGGGAGAAAGGGGUGCAUAGGUGCAUUGGGAAGAACCGAUACAAUGAUGUGUGCAGUAUAUGGCUGGACUGAAGAGAUGGCAUUCUCUGGAACUUCCACAGGGGAUGUGUGUAUUUGGAGAGAUGUGUUUCUCAUAAAAACUGUCAAAGCACAUGAUGGUCCUGUGUUCAGCAUGCACGCAUUGGAAAAAGGAUUUGUCACUGGAGGAAAGGAUGGGGUAGUAGCUCUCUGGGACGAUACCUUUGAACGUUGUCUCAAAACCUAUGCCAUCAAAAGGGCUGCUUUGGCCCCUGGGUCUAAAGGUCUCCUCUUAGAAGAUAAUCCUUCUAUACGUGCCAUAUCUUUAGGACAUGGUCAUAUUUUAGUGGGCACAAAGAAUGGUGAAAUAUUGGAGGUGGAUAAAAGUGGACCAAUAACUCUGCUGGUUCAGGGUCACAUGGAGGGGGAAGUUUGGGGUCUAGCUACUCAUCCUCAUUUACCUAUCUGUGCCACUGUAAGUGAUGACAAAACCUUAAGAAUAUGGGAUUUAUCUCCUAGCCACUGUAUGUUAGCUGUUCGCAAAUUGAAGAAGGGAGGUAGAUGUUGCUGCUUUUCUCCUGAUGGAAAAGCAUUGGCCGUUGGUCUCAACGAUGGAAGUUUUUUGAUAGUUAAUGCAGAUACCCUGGAGGAUCUAGUCUCUUUCCAGCACAGGAAAGAUGUUAUUUCAGAGAUCCGAUUUUCUCCUGGGGCUGGAAAGUACUUAGCUGUGGCAUCCUGUGACAACUUUGUAGAUAUUUACAACGUAAUGAGCAGUAAACGGGUAGGAAUCUGCAAGGGAGCGUCCAGCUAUAUCACACACAUGGACUGGGACAUAAGAGGGAAGCUCUUGCAAGUCAACACUGGUGCUAAAGAGCAGUUGUUUUUUGAAGCUCCUCGUGGGAAAAAACAGACAAUUCCUAGUUUGGAGGUGGAAAAGAUUGGCUGGGCAUCAUGGACAAGUGUUCUGGGCUCUUGCUGUGAAGGAAUCUGGCCAAUAAUUGGUGAAGUCACAGAUGUAACUGCUUCAUGCCUCACUAGUGAUAGUAAAGUAUUAGCCACAGGAGAUGAUUUUGGGUUUGUGAAACUGUUUCGAUACCCUGCUAAAGGAAAGUUUGGAAAAUUUAAGAGAUAUGUUGCUCACAGUACCCAUGUAACAAAUGUCCGUUGGACCUAUGACGACAGUUUGUUGGUCACUGUUGGAGGAGCAGACACCUCUUUAAUGCUGUGGACUUACGAAGUGGAAGGACAUCGGGAUAGCAGGCAGUGUGACAGUGAAGAGUCUGAUCUAGAUUCUGAAGAAGAUGGAGGUUAUGACAGUGAUGUGACAAGGGAAAAUGAAAUUAAUUACACCAUUAAAGCCUUAUCAACAAACAUUAGACCAAUGUUUGGAAUUAAGCCUCAUCUGCAACAAAAGGAGCCAACCUUAGAUGAAAGGCAGGGGGUAGUGAGACCACCAGUUAGUAGGGCAUUGCCACAGCCGGAGAAACUUCAGACAAAUAAUGUUGGGAAAAAAAAGAGACCUAUAGAGGACCUGAUUUUGGAGCUGGUAUUCGGGUACCGAGGCAAGGACUGCAGAAACAAUGUGCACUAUUUGAAUGAUGGUGCUGAUGUAAUAUAUCAUACUGCAUCUGUUGGGAUCUUGUAUAAUGUGGCAACAGGCUCUCAGUCUUUUUACCAGGAACACAAUGAUGAUAUUUUGUGCCUCACUGUAAAUCAGCACCCCAAGUUUACCAACAUAGUGGCAACUGGCCAAGUAGGAGACUCAGCAGAUAUGUCAGCUACAGCUCCUUCUAUUCAUGUGUGGGAUGCAAUGAACAAACAGACACUGUCAGUACUGCGGUGCUACCAUUCAAAGGGCGUUUGCUCAGUCAGUUUCAGUGCCACUGGCAAACUGCUGCUCUCCAUAGGACUGGAUCCCGAACAUACCAUUACCAUUUGGAAGUGGCAGGAAGGUGCCAAAAUUGCCAGCCGAGCUGGUCAUAACCAGCGUAUAUUUGUAGCAGAAUUCAGACCAGAUUCAGAUACCCAGUUUGUUUCUGUGGGAGUAAAACACGUGAGGUUCUGGACUCUGGCUGGAAGAGCUCUUCUCAGUAAAAAAGGGUUGCUGAGCUCCAUAGAAGAUGCCCGAAUGCAAACAAUGCUAUCUGUAGCUUUUGGAGCGAAUAACUUGACAUUUACAGGUACUAUCAGUGGAGAUGUUUGUGUUUGGAAAGAUCAUGUGUUGAUACGAAUUGUGGCCAAAGCUCACAAUGGACCUGUUUUCACAAUGUAUACCACAUUAAGAGAUGGUUUGAUUGUUACAGGAGGCAAAGAAAGGCCUUCAAAGGAAGGAGGAGCAGUUAAGCUAUGGGAUCAAGAGCUGAAACGAUGUCGUGCCUUCAGACUAGAGACAGGACAAAUGACGGACUGUGUUCGCUCAGUUUGUAGAGGCAAGGGGAAGAUUCUCGUUGGGACAAGAAAUGCCGAAAUAAUCGAAGUUGGAGAGAAAAAUGCUGCAUGUAACAUUCUAAUUAAUGGUCAUAUGGAUGGACCAAUCUGGGGCCUAGCAACACAUCCUUCCAGAGAUUUUUUCCUUUCUGCUGCAGAAGAUGGCACAGUAAGACUCUGGGAUAUUGCUGAAAAGAAGAUGCUGAACAAAGUCAGCUUAGGACACGCAGCUCGUACUGUUUGUUACAGCCCAGAAGGUGAUAUGGUAGCUAUUGGCAUGAAAAAUGGAGAAUUUAUCAUCUUGCUUGUGACCUCUCUAAAAAUUUGGGGGAAGAAAAGGGACAGAAGAUCAGCGAUUCAGGAUAUCAGGUUUAGCCCAGAUUCUCGUUAUUUAGCAGUCGGUUCCAGUGAGAAUGCAGUGGAUUUUUAUGAUCUGACUUUGGGUCCCACAUUAAAUCGAGUCAGCUAUUGCAAAGAUAUCCCAAGUUUUGUGAUCCAGAUGGACUUCUCUGCAGAUAGCUGUUAUCUCCAGGUCUCUACUGGGUCUUACAAGAGGCAAGUCUAUGAAGUGCCUUCAGGAAAACAGCUUGUGGACCAGCCUGUGAUUGACAGAAUAACAUGGGCUACUUGGACAAGUGUUCUAGGGGAUGAAGUAAUUGGAAUCUGGUCCAGGCAUGCUGAAAAAGCUGAUGUAAACUGUGCCUGUGUCUCUCACUCGGGAAUCAAUCUUGUAACAGGCGAUGAUUUUGGCAUGGUCAAACUGUUUGACUUCCCAUGUCCUGAAAAAUUUGCAAAACACAAACGAUUUUUAGGUCACUCUGCCCACUUAACUAAUAUUCGAUUUACAAGUGGAGAUAGAUACGUGGUCAGUGCUGGAGGGGAUGACUGCAGCUUAUUUGUUUGGAAAUGUGUGCAUAUGCCUCAUUGAGAGAGACAUGGGAGACUUGCAAAGAGGACACUGCAUGAAGUACCAGGGAUGAAAUACCCAGGAUUGCAAUGUGACAUUCUACUGUGCCCUGCAUGCAUAAGAAAUGGUGCUGAUCCAAGACACAGAGCAAUCUGUCUCUGAAAGACAAGUAUCUAGAGUCUGUCAGAAAGAUGGACUGUCACAAAUAUGCUGAGGCCAUUAGAUUUGCUUCAGUAUCGGAUAAUCCGGGUUUGUAUUUCACUCACUGCCAGAUGUUGAAAAUGAAAUACAUGGAUAAAAGGAAAAAGUGAAUUGUUAAUCAAUGUACAGUUCCACAGUAAGAUCCUGGGGUUUUAAUCAAGAGAUGUUAUUUCUGACCUAGUGCUGUACAUUGAUCUAUUUUCAGCAUGAAUGUUUCUCCUUUAAGUUUUGGGGUCUGAAUAUCAUCAAAAAAAAGAAUAUUCUGUAUUUUAUUACUGAAAAAACCCAUAUAUUAACUCUUAAAUAUAUAGUAUUUUAAUAAAUGUUUAAUUAUUAUAAUGGAAAUGAUAUUUCUAUGAAUGGUCGAAAGGAAACAUCAUCUCAUGAAGCAGAAAAUAAGAGAGCUGAUUCCUUAGGACUUAGAAAUAUUUCUGUAUUUAGAGGCCUGGGUCACAGUCAUGUCUGGUGAAAGCCAUUGGAUAUGCAUGAUCUUCAUGGCUAAUUUAGUGUUUUUGUUGCACUUAAACAUUAAAUUAGUUCUGUGAGCAAAAAUAGAUUUGCUCACUUUGCGAGUGCCUUGCCCACAACCUAAAAGUCUAACUCCAAUUUUUGCCUUGUGAAUAAAAGUAUUCUCAGUGGAAGAGAGAUUAUUGCUGUGUUACUUGACUGGGCUGUUAGCCUCUCUGCUGGAAAUGUGGACUAGGGUGAGGAUUUUAUAGUCUUCAUAAUUGAUAAAGCUUGGGAUGUCACCAGUUGCAAAAAUAGAAUUUCAUAGCAAUAUGGAUUGAUUUUAUUUUCUCAGCAUCAUAGGGGGGAUUCAGAGAGAAUAUAAACUUUCCAAACAUUAUAUUUUGUACAUUUGAACUUUUUAACAGAGUUAGGACUAGCUGGGAGAGGUCUCUGCUCAGAUUUCUCUCCCAGUUGUAAAAAAUAUCCAAUCAUACGCUUCUUUAAAUGGACCUGCUGUCACCUCUAGCAUAAGUGCAUUUAUUCUAUCCUGCAACAUAACUGAGAGACUAAGUUGAAAAAACAUUUCAGUGAUAAUGAAAACCUGAACAAAGCUGUUUUGGGUACAAGUGAGGAAGAUUUAAUCAGCUGUUUGUCUAGAUCAUGUCAUAGAGAUGCAUUACAGACUGAACCUGAUUUUUGAUCAGUGCAGUUAAUUUUCAUGCAACAUACAAGGGAACAGAAGUCACUAAUUAUCAGCACUACUCUCAUAAUGACAUUCUGCUGUGAAUGUCGUGUGCUUUUUCUCUGUGUAAGCCAGUAUUGCUUUAACAAUGGCAUUUGUUUAGGUCAGUCAGUAGGCUUUGAUAUUAUUCACGGCAGCAACCUCUUGCAUUCUCUUACGCCAGAUAAAAGUAAAAACAAAAUAAACCUCAUCUCUUUUUGUAAGCAUCUUGCGUGCAUGGUGGUUAUAGAGGGAAUGGGAGGGCUUGCAUAUAGAAGAGAAGGGGAAGAAAAGUUAAUGAGCCAGACUUCAGUGCUCUCCUAGGUCCACAAAUGCUUGUUAUGUGCUAUACAAAGCUAGUUACCCAAUGGUCUUAGAGAAUAUAUUUUUUAUAUCGAGCUAUAACAAUAUUUAUUUUACAGAAGUUGAUGAACUAAACAAUUAUCAGGUUUCUGGGCAUGAUGGUUCUUAGCAAAGUCUUGCCAGUCAUGCAGCUGCUCUUUCUACAGGGACAAAAACUCUGUAGAUUUGGUCAUAAGUGUACAGGGAGAUCUUGCUCCUAACGUGUUUGACUUUAGGGGAAUUGCAUAUGAGAAUUGAGAUUAGACCUGAUCUGUCUCAUAACCUUGUUGCCUGCCUGCCUGUUUUAUAUGAAAAUUAGUAUCUGGCAUUUAAAUCUUACCUAUGCCAGAGAAGUCAGUUGCAGUGUCCUAUUCUAUAGCUGUGAUUCUAUCCCUUAUUAAACACAUCUGUGCAGGACUUCUUGACUUGAAGUAAGAUUUGUCCUGCCUCUAUUUUAAAGUUGCCUUUCAUCAGUUCAAGUUGGAUGGCUGUUAAGAGCUCCCUCAUAGUCUGUCCUACUCAGACUGCCAGAUCAAAGUCCCAAUUUUUCUGCCUCUGAGUUUUCCCCUCAAAAUCCUAGGCUCAGGGUCUCCCAGCCUCAUGAUCUUCUGUAGGCCUUCACCCAAUGAAAGAGGUAUGUGGACUAUCAAGGGGUUUGUUCCUCGGAUCUCCGUCACUGGUCAUGUCCUCUUCUCCUCCUUCUCCCCCCUCCCUUCAUUAAUGCUGUGCCUCUCCACUGAUAAUUUGUCCAUUGGUGCUUUUGUCCUGAGGAAUCUCAAAUGCCAUGCCAGCAGUGAAGUACCAGCGAGAAGCUGACGGGCGAAUUGCAGCAGGGCUGCCCGCAGCGGUGCUAGGCUGAUAGCUGAAGUGCAGAAGUCUGAGCCUCCAGUUCUCCCUGCUUCUUCACUCUCUUCCGAACCUCACCACUACUGUAAAGGGCUGGGAUGGGAGCUGGAGGCUGAGGAGCUCUUUAAAAACAAAACUGCCAUCCUCGUUCCUCCUAUUGCAGCCAGUAUCGGUAGCUAGUGUUUUCCCUGGCAAACUGCUCAGUGGUUGGCCAGGUAAAAUAGGGUCAGCCAGCUGGGAACGUUCAUGAAUGUUGAGGAGAGGAGUGAGUAGAGCCUCAGUUGCAGCUUUCUUCCUGAGGACAAUUUGGAGCACAUUUUGUACGACAAGCUGGGAUUCUCUGCUGAAGAGAACAGCUGGCUAUAAGCAUGGUUAAAGAUGGCAGCUUUGUGGGUUUUUUGGUCUUUUUGUCUGUGAUGGUGCUUGUUACUGUGCCUCAUUUGCUGUUUACAUUAAAUGCUACUCGAGUAACUUGCUAAUUGUUGCCACGCAUGCUUGAAGCACACGUAUACAGGAACGGGCUGCCUGUUUCAGUAGGCAGUGGGAGCUCAUGACUGAUUGCUCAGCAGAAAAGUCAGGAUGAAAUAACCCCAUAGGAUAGGUCAGGGAAGAAGCUGGAAUGUGGAGGGACUAGUGACAGCCUUUUAUUUGGAAGCAUUAGAGAGAAGAAAUGUGGGCAGGAAGGUUCUCUCUGAAGCUGGAGAAAGCCUUUUCUGUGAUUAUACAGCACCCAGGAAGGGGAGGCAAAAGUUUUUUGUGUAAUUUAAUCACUUAUAGUGGAUGAUUUUGUUCUCUAGCUUAAUUGUCUUUCUAACUCUUUUUCUGGCUACAGCAAACAUACAUCUUUGGGAUCUUUAAAGUCAGCAAUAUUUUUUGUAAUAAAAGAAAUAAACUAGAGAACUGAUUCAAUAACAGCAAAAUGACAUUUCACUUAAAAAAAUAAAUGUGCCCUUGAAAGCUAUAUAAGUGUGCUUAGAAAAAAGAGAAGGAGAGAAAGAAAAUCCAGCUCCUGGGAGCAAACAAAAAUUAUAAACAAACAUAUUUAGAACUGAAAAUUGCUAUAGUGCAGGAACUGAGGAACACAGUUGAGAUUAAGUCAGGGAGAACAAAUCAGCCAAAUGUAUUGAAUCAUUUAGACUUGAAAUCUUAAUUUUUUUUAUUCUUAAGGAGGCAGUCGUAUAUGACUUUCUGAUUUUGAUAGGGAAGGCAAGAGAUGGUGUAAAAGUAAAGAUAAACCAUUUCAGGAAAUUAAGGCUACUUUAUCACUUGUUGACAGUCAAAGGAAAGCACGCAUUCAGAGUAACUUCUGACUUUGCUCAGUAUCAGGGUUUCAGUAUCAGCAAGGGUCAUUUCAGAGUAAGUCUGAACUUCAUACAAGUCGGGUUAAUGCUGACCUGCAAUUGUACCAUCAGAAAGCAGACACAUUGCAGACAAGUUAUCUCCUGGAUCUAGAAACUAGAUCAAAAUAAAGGACUUCAAUACCAAGAGCAGGACUUUGAUAGCAUUCAGGAGUGACUUAGUUUAAAACCGUGAUCCACUUCUCUCAGCUGCUGCCUAAACUCCACUAUUUGACUUGCAGGUUUGCCAAGGCAAACAGUGCCCUUCUUCAACAAGCCCUGAGCGUCUGCCUGCGCAGUACCUCACCUGCUUUCUGGAUUGCACCAAACAGUGCUCAAGGCUCCACUUGCACAUGGAUUUCACUCUAGGCCUAUGCAGUAGAGUCCCUUAUUGGACUUGCUGUGCAUGGUAUAGUAGUGUGACAAGCAAAGGAUCUUGGUUUCAGAUACAAUUCUUACAUGGACAAGGUGACGUGUUUCCCUAUUUCAUUAUCAGUGUCACAGAUGUGACAAGCCUUAAAGAUUUUUUUUUUUUUUCCUAAUUCUAUUAGCAUAAAUUAUAGAUAAAUGUCGUCAGUGUUUUGGACAAAGUGAAUCAUCCUGUAGACUCUACAGAAAGGGAAGUAAGAUUGCAAGUCACAAAAUAAAUUACCACAUCAGUGAUUUUAACAUCACUAGCUGUACUGUAUUUGCAUACUCUUUUGUUCUCCUGGUUUUGUUUUGCUUCCUUGCAAUCUGCUCUGUUUUACUAAAGUUUAUAGCACCAUUCAGUUUUUGCUCAUGUGGAUAGAUGCCAAAGCCUGCUGUGCGUUCUUUAUACCAGUCACUGUGGUGUGGUUACACCAAGCCUGUUUCUUUGGUUGUCUCCAGAUUCAGCAAAGAUUCUGCUCUUCAGUUAGCUUUGACUUCAGACCUAAACUCUGCAUAUCUCAUUUCAGAAAAAAAAGAAUAGUUUUAGGUGUAUAAUACACAUAAAAGCCACAGUAGCUUUCCUUGCCAAAAUCAUUCAUAAGUAACUAAAAAUUAUUAGGUGGGUUUGGUGGGGGGUUUUCUCUGGUCUGCUUGAUGCUAGAACAGGUAACCACUUGACAUCCCCUUCUCAGAUUACCAACAGCAUACCAGUCAUAACCUUGAUCUGGUUUUUUUGUUGACUGUUAAACCAGCAAUCCAACCAAUUCACUUUUUCUUUGGGAAAAGAAAAAAGAAAAAAGAAGAAAAAAAAGGCAUGGAACAUGUGUUCUCUUUUCCCCCCUACGGUAAAACAAAAUAACAACAAGAAAGUGUAAGGUCUGAGCAUGGUGACGACAGCCAGUUCUCGUAAUUUCCACUUCUUUUUGAAAUUAUGGAACAUAACAAACAGUAACAGAAAACCACUAAAUAUAAACCCAGAGAAAAGGAGAAAGAAAGGAAAACAAAGGAAAACAGGAAGGAAUGCUCAUAAAUGGGCAAAGGCAGGACCAAAGAACCAACAUGGGGGGCGUGGGUGGGGAGUCGUAUCACUUUCUGGCAAACAUCUUGUUUCAAAUCAAAGUAUUCUGUGGCUGGUUGCGGAGUUUAAGGACUGGAGAGCAGUAGAGCUCUCAAGGAAAGGCUGCAGGCAACAUCGUUUGCUGUGGUUUUGGGAAGAUGCAGCUGCUCCCAUUCAUUGCUCUUUCCACUCCCAUACCUACGGGACAACUAUAUAGUGCAGCAGCUAACACAGACUAACCACUGUUCCAGUGUAUGCACGUUGGUAACAAAGAAAUACUGUAAAUAUAAAAAUGCUAUGUCGUACUGAGAGCUCAGGUAAAAGAGUUUAAGGAUGUAUUUUAAAAUGCUACUUACCUUUCCCACAUAAACCAAACAUGGAUCGUUUUAA